UUCUCUCUCUCUCUCUCCCAUAGAGUAUUCUAUUCUAUUCUAAUUCGUCUUUUCUCUUUCUCUCGUGUAACCCUAUCUUCCUUCCUUUUUGUCUACCAUUGUUAUUUUUUUUUCUUCCACCAAUUAGAUUUUCUUAAAUACUGAACCAGAUUCUUCCAUAUCAAGUCCACCAGAAUCAAAAUUAUCUACAUUGUCAACUAUAUAAGAAUCAACCAUCUUCCACUCUGUCUCUGUGUCUCUCUUCCUCUCUCUCUCCAUAUUUUCUGAUGUUAUCAUGGUGUUAAUGGUUUAACGGAAUCUUCUCAACCCAAUAUUCAAAAUAUAUAUUCCAUUGGAUUUUUAUUCCUGAUUUCCAGUUACUAUUCUAAAAUUGUUGUUAUAUAUUUACCAUUGGAAAUAUUUGAUCAAUUCUAAAAUAUAUAUUGUGUAUCCUAAGGAAAUUCAUUUCUCUUCCAGACUUUCUUUGGAUCAACCAUUCGAAACGUGAUUAUAAACGGAUUAGACUCUCAUGAAAGAUUUAUUAACCAUAAUCAUCUUUACUGUGAUUAGUUGUCACCAUUGACUAUCUCUCUCUUUCUUUUAUGUGAAAUCUAACGAGAGAGUAAACGUCUUCAAAAGAACUCGAAUCAUCACCUUCUAUCCCCUCUCUCUACCAAUUGAUUGAAUCACUUGAAAUUUGUUUGUCUCUUUAUUGUUAUUCAAAAACAAUUAACUUACCAGUUUUAAAUCUCACACAGAAGUUACAUUGAUGGUGUGUAAACGUGCAAUUGUGUUGACAAUGUAUCAACACGGGUAACAAUCAAAGACGAUUGGAAAAAGGAGAAAUCAAUUGAAUUUGUGUUUUGUGUUCUAAACCAAAUUCUCACCAUAUCAUCUUAUUUAUUCUAUUCUCUUUUUAUCUUCUAAUCUUCAUCGAUUGUCAUUGUUUUUCUCCCUAUUUGUUCUUGUCCUUACUGCGUAUCAAUUGUUAAGUUCGUGCGUCUAUGCUACUCAGUAAGAGGGAGAUAAAACAAAAACACUACAAUUUUUAACGAUUUUAAAAGAAAAAGGCUUGAUUGGAUUGCCUAUUGUUCAUCAUCUUUGUCAUUUGAUUGUUAAUCACCUUCUCUCUUUCUGUUUAAUUACAAUCAAACAUGGAUUCCACUGCCAUAACCGAUUACAAUUACUCUAAUUGUUCAACUGACUAUGAAUCAUUGUUGAAUAAUUGUUCCUCUUCAACUUCAACCUCGCCAUCUCCUUAUGGUGCUAACGAGCGACAAACAGAGAAACGGCCAAAAUCCAACACUGUAAUGAAUAAAAUACGUCGAUUUGCCAGGUCUCAAAGUCAAGUUCGUCAUGGUUCAAGAGGACAUGAUUACAUUAAUUCGGACAAUUUAGUAUCAAAGACCAAAGAUCUUUAUCGAGAUGUUAAAAGGCGCUUCUCAUCAUUCAAUACAAAUUCAUUGGAAUCAUCAAAUGACGGACGAUCAACAAUUAAAUCAUCAAUUCCAACAACCCGAACAUCAAAUAAUCUUAAAUCUUCCUGUGAAUCUCACACAACAUCAACCAAUAUCAACAACAAAUCCACCUUAAUAUGUGAUACAUUACAUUCAUCAGCAGUAUCAAGAUUAAGACGUUACGCUUCCGAUGAAAGUUUACCAACCAGUGAAUCAGGAUGUGGUUCGAGUGUAAAAACGAGUUCCCUGUCAACUGAUUCCAAUCGAAGUUCAAUUUGUACUGUUAACGAUUUUGCCAACGAAUAUUCAGUUUUCAAAGGUCCAUUUAUUGGUCAAGGAGUAGCAUUAACCGAUUGUACCCCUUGUCCAUACGAUAAAGAUGCUCUUGUAUUCAAGAAAGGAGAUUUGGUUAAUAUUAUCGCCAAAAAUGAUUCGGGUACUUGGAUUGGAAUGGCUAACGGUAAAAUUGGACAUUUUAAAUUCAUCAAUGUCGAAGAAAUCUCAAGCUUAGGAAACGGAAUGAGGUCAACUUGCUCGUCUUUUUGUUCAGCAUCGUCCACGACCCUUACCUCUACCAAUGGUGUUAUUGAUGCUGGAGGAGUAGAUGAAUCUGAUAUAUCAAAUACUCAUCUUCUCAUCUCGGAUAAUCUAUCUUCUUGUCUUAAUAAUUGUAACAACACCGGUUCAACCACAUCUUCAGUUUUCACUAAUCUUAAUUCGUGUAAUAAUAAUAAUAAUAAUUAUAAUUGUUCAAUUUCCACUUCUAAUCAAUCCGGAUUUGUGGUUAGCCAUUAUGAAGAUAUCAUUCGUAAUCUACUCUCAUCUGUUAAUAUUUAUCUUGAUAAUAGUUUAAAAGGAUUAUUUAAAUUAAUUGGUCUUGAUAAUUAUGAUUAUCUGACUAAACUUAAGGAUAAAGGUUUCUCAUCACUUGGAUCCCUCAUGAAUAUUACUGAUUCAACUGUACUUGAAAUUGUGGGUAUCACUUGUCCAGAGCAUCAGCAAACCAUAUUAUCAAUUGCUGCCAUUGUCCGUAAACUUGCUCAGACAAUUCCUAAUGAUUCCAUGAUGAUCAAAUCAUCUGGUGGCAAUAAUUCAUCAUCAUCAUCCUCAUCAUUUGGACAAAAUAACUCCAACAAAUCAUCAGCAGUUACAAUUAACAAAUUGGAAUCAAGUUUUUCAAACUUAUCAGUUAAUGGUCAUUCCAAUGAUUUAGAUCAUCUCAAUACACAAUCAGUACCAACAACACCAGCAUUUGAAAGUGUACAAAAAUCGUUGUGUACAAACAGCGCAUCUUCAACAACAAAAACAACAUCUUCCUCAUCAUCAUCAUCAUCAUAUGUUCAAACGAAACAACAGUCUUCAUCUAGUCAAGAUACUGUUAAUUGUAGCGAAUCUACCAUACCCACCACAUGUAAUAUCACCUUAAAAUCUGGUUCGUCAAAAAAUGAUUCCAAAAACAGUUUUGCCACAACAAUUUCCGUUUCCACCUCUUCUAGUUCCGCAACCGCUUCCACUGGUGGUGACAAUUUAAUCAACAAUAGUAAUCAUCCCUUACGAUUACGUAAGAAAAGAGAUCGUCGGUCAUCUGAAACUUGUGAUAAUAUUAAACGAGCUGCAUCCGGAAACGAUAUUCUCGACGAUGACCUUUACUUAAAGUACAAAUACUCCUCUUACGAUCAUCGGAAAUCUUUGGACACCAAUGCAUUGGUUAAAAAACUCGAACAUGGCUAUGAAACAACCAGUCGAACAGUUCGAGGCUAUGGUGAUAUUGGUCCAAGUAAAAUGUUAUCAAGUUCGAAAAGUGUUUUCGAUCUUAAAUUUAAUUCAGAUUCAACAAGUAAUCUAAUUGAUAACGAAUCAAGUUUCCACGGGAGUAUCCAUUGUACCAAGAAGCGAUUGAAAAAGUUUCUUAAUCCAUCAGAUCAACAACAACAACAUCGUAAAACAAUUUCAUCAACAAUAACAACCCAGCCAACAACUACAACAACAACAUCAACCACAUCAAUAACAACAUGUUCAUCAUCCUUUGAUCAAUCACAAUCAGAUUCUGGACGUUUAGGGAUCAAUUCCAGGCCACUUUCAUCGGCACUUUUUGAAGCACUUUCAAACAUUUUAUCCGAUGAAAACAUUGAUCUAACAGUUGAACCUUAUUCAGAUAAUUCUGGUUUCUGUGGUAUACCCCCUGCUCUGGUUCAACGAUACGCGGAAGAAUUGGAAACGGAUGUUUAUGAUAUCGCAGAAACAUUAGAUUAUAUUAGACUGUGUUCACUGUUAAACAAAGCAGGAAGACAAGGAAUACCUAAUGACUUUUUAGCCGAUUCCUGUAAUGGACCCGGAACUGAUUGGGCUAACUAUGAAAAUCUUCACACUUGGUUACUAUCUUUAGGAUUACCAAUGUACGAGGUGAAAUUGAAAGACAAUGGACAUCAAAAUCUAUGGGAUAUUAUUUCAUUACGAGAAGAUGAUUUACUUAAUUGUGGAAUAAUUAAUAAGCGGCAUCUUCGUUCAUUAACCACGGCAAUAAGUGCACUAUCCGUUAAUCAGCACAAAAUUGGGCGAUCUUAAUUUACCUCAACAAUUUAAAUUAUAUAUAACAAUUAUUCAAUUUUAGAUGCUAUUAUUAUUAUUAUUAUCAAUUUUUUCAUGAUCUCUAUUCAAGCAAUCAAACAACAAUCAUACUUUAAAUGGUUCAAGAUGAAUGCCAAGCAAUCAAGCCAAUGGUAGUUUGGUAAAAGUACAACAAUUAAGUAUGGAAUUGGAAAUGCAAUCGUAAUUACUAUAUUACUAAUUGAAAUUAUCGUUAAAUUGUCAAUGAGAUUAUCUAAUAGACGAACUGGAAACAACUCGACUCAAGGCUAAAGAUCAAAGGAAAAGAAUAAUCAAAAUACUAGACUGAUUAAAUCAAUUGUUCAUCGCAAAUUAAAUCAAAAAGUUAAUCAACAAUUUAAACCAAUCAAAUUUGGAACAGUUUUUUUUUGUAAUGAGAUGAAUUUUCAUCCUCAUCGUCUUAUUGCUCAUCUUUCAUUGUUAUUCAAUAUCUUUUUGCUCAUUUCUUCAUCAUCAUCAUAUUCCAAAUGAAAAGAAAGUGUCUCUUUCAUAUUAAUCAUCCUCCUCCUCAUCUUCUUCCUAAUUAACAAGCCACUAAUUAGACAACAGAGUAACUUAGCUUUUUCAUAUCAAAUCAAAUUUUCCAAAUCUUUCUACCUUAAUAUUACCUCUUACAAUUUAUCAAUUCUAAUUAUGAUUACUAUUGAUUAUCGAGAAAGUUUUUCUUAUCACAAUUUAAUUACUAUUACAAUUGAUUCCCCUGAUGAUCUUGAGAUCAAAUGAAAAAGUUAAUUGUUAAUCCACUGAAAUGAUUAAUUGUUUACCUCGUUCCCUUUUAUGUAACAAUUGAAUGGACAAAUUUUAAUUGCUAAUUUCAAAUAUCAACAAUUUAAAAUCAAAUUAACAGCAAUUUCCAGUGCAAUGUAAUCAAACUCAAUAUCUACUAUCUGGCCAAACAAUUAACUCUAUAAAUGAAUAUUAAAUCAAUAAUUAAAUCUAAAUCAUUCAUCUAAAUGAU